CUACUUUCUAUUUUGUGACAGAUUUGAAAUAGUUUCCUUAAUUCAGAAAUCUGGAGACGAAUAAUCUCAAAUUAAAAUCUUAAGAGGUCUAUGCGAAAACCAUCGGAGCAGGAUGAGGAUAUUAGUUUACUUAUCUUUAUAACACCGAAGCUGCCAACGGCGGCAAGUAAUGUUAUUCAAUCCGACUAUCCUCGUUCAUUUUUACUACCAGCAAAAUUUACGAAAGCUCUGUCAGAAUUAACAAGUGAAAUUGCAAAUGCUUUACCUACAGAGUCGUCCCGACCGUAAGUAUGUACAUAAUCUAUCUAUUGAAUUGUAUAAGCUGUCCAAAAAGCUAAAUCUCCAUAGAACAAUCAGUGUUGCUGAUAGCAAGGUUGGCAAACUAUUAACAAUGUGUUUCGAAUGAAGCUUUAUUCAUACAGCAGGACCAAAAGCUUUUCAAUACUCAGUGGUCGGUAACUGACACUCCAUUAAGUGGUGGAGAUAUCUGUUAUCGAUAACAUUGCCAUAUCCACAUGACCUCGGCAAUAGAUGAGUGACUAUGGCGUUGGAAUUUCAAAUAGCAGACCAUGUGCUCAACCUCUUACCACGUAUUUCGGUUUGAAAAGACAAAUGUAAAUCUCCACACAAAUAAUGUGGCAGAGAUAUAUUUUGCACAACUCAGCAGCAUGAAUCAAGAUCGAGUUCGUUAGAUCUGAUAGUCCAAAAUAUUUUCGGUCUUGUCAUCUGUAAAAUAUUUAUUUAGUUCUUGUCUACUAAUUUAUCUUUUAAUGGGCAAUUAUAAGUAUGUUUCAUGUAAAAUUUAUACUGUCUUUGUUGCUGAUAGAUACAUCACCACUUGAGUUUCAUCCGUCCACUUUGCUUAUCUGCUGGUUUUACGUGUUUAAAAUACCGUGCUAGAGUCCGAACCACAUGAAAUGGUCAAUUUAAGUGAACAAGUUGCUGCCAUCAAGACUAUCGUAGAGAAACAUUUAAAUGAUACGUUAUCUUUAAGACUGAAUCCCGUCAGUCAAUUAGAUGACUUUGUGAAUGCUGACCAUUUACCCAUCGAUCUUUCGCAGAUGGAUCUACAAUUAGCUAUUACCACUGCUGAGGCCAUAUUAGAUAAUGUGCGUUUCGAAGAUGACGAAUUAAAACGGGAUUGUGAACAAUUAUCACAAAAACUUGAGCAGAGUGUAGCCCGAUAUAAAGCAGACUUAUCUGAAAAGGAAAUUUCCAAAAAAGAACACCACUUAAAACUGAGAACUGCUAAGGCGAAACUAUCGGUCUACGAAAAAUUCACGAAGACGAAGUUCACCAUUAAUCAAAACUCCAUCACAGCUUUUAUUUUCAACCCGGAUGACAUGGUACAAUUAACUAUUCCAGAAACCCUGACGAGUACCGAUAUUUGUCAAAUGAUGAACUCACUCCAAAAGAAUGUGACGAAACCCACGUUAAGUGAAAAUGAGAUCAGACAAAUGAAAAAUUUAUGGGGUCGUAUGAAAGUUUCUGAGAAAUGGAAGCACUUAGUCGAUCAGUAACCAAAAUAUCAGAACUAAAAAGUUGCGUGUGCAGGUGGGAAGAUUUGGAAAUAAUACUGCAUAUUCAGUUGUAUUUAUUUAAAAAAUCAAACUUCCGUGUGAAUUUGCUAUUUAUGUGUACCGAGUUAUUUCAUUAACACAGUACUCGUUAAACAAGGGAAAGACUAAGCAAAUGUUCAAUAUCCUCAUGUGUCGCAUAUUGCAAUAGAUGUAUGCUUGAAUGUAUAAUUACAAAUGUAAAGGAAAAAUCGACGUUUUUUUACGUUAAGAUGUCCUUGAUCUACCAGAUUAUUAAUGACAAACCUGCUACGUACGUACGUGGUGCAAGCUAUGGCAUACACAUGCAUGUUUGUGUCAGUUUUAUGGCAGCUUUAUUUAAAUAGUCAAC